AUGGUUGGUAUCCCGCCGGAGCAGCAGCGUCUCAUCUUCGGCGGGAAGCAGCUGGAGGACGGGCGCAGCAGCCUCGGCGACUACAGCAUCCAGAAGGAGUCGACGGUGCAGCUGGUGCUCCGGCUCCGCGGCGGCACGAGGGGCCGGCGGCUACAUCAUCCAGGACCCAGCCUGCUGGCCCUCGCGCUCAAGUACAACGAGAAGAAGAUGGUCUGCCGCAAGUGCUAUGCACGUCUUCCCGACAGGGCUACCCACUGCCGCAAGAAGAAGUGUUGCCACAGCAAUCAGAUAAGACCAAAGAAGAGAUUCGUAUCCAAGCACACCAUCUGA